UUUGCAUUGCUUCUUUGCUCUGGGUCAGCAGCACUCACUGCUUCGCCGCGGAAGCAACUUCAGGAGAGGAGAAGGAUGUCGCACAGGAAGUUCGAACACCCCAGGCAUGGUUCUCUGGGAUUUCUCCCCAGGAAGCGGGCUGCUCGUCACAGGGGAAAAGUGAAGGCAUUCCCCAAGGAUGACCCAAGCAAGCCACCCAAGCUUACUGCCUUCUUGGGUUACAAGGCGGGCAUGACUCACAUUGUAAGAGAGGUCGAGAAGCCAGGGUCAAAACUUCACAAGAAGGAAACCUGUGAACCAGUUACAAUUAUCGAGACACCUCCAAUGGUUAUCGUUGGAGUUGUGGGUUAUGUGAAAACACCUCGUGGUCUUCGAACAUUGGGCACUGUAUGGGCUCAGCAUUUGAGUGAGGAUGUGAAGCGAAGGUUCUAUAAGAACUGGUGCAAGUCCAAGAAGAAGGCUUUCACAAAGUACUCAAAGCAGUACGAAUCUGAAGAAGGGAAGAAAAGCAUUCAGGGUCAGCUUGAGAAAAUUAAGAAGUAUGCAUCAGUUGUUCGCGUUUUAGCUCACACCCAGAUUAGGAAAAUGAAAGGGUUGAAGCAGAAGAAAGCUCACCUCAUGGAGAUUCAGGUCAAUGGUGGUACUAUUGCACAGAAGGUGGAUUAUGCAUACAAUUUCUUCGAGAAGCAGGUUCCUGUUGAUGCUGUAUUCCAGAAGGAUGAGAUGAUCGAUCUCAUUGGUGUAACAAAGGGUAAAGGGUAUGAAGGUGUUGUCACUAGGUGGGGUGUUACCCGUCUUCCCCGCAAGACUCACAGGGGUCUGAGGAAAGUUGCAUGUAUUGGUGCCUGGCAUCCUGCCAGAGUUUCCUUCACAGUUGCCAGAGCUGGUCAGAAUGGAUACCACCACCGUACUGAGAUGAACAAGAAGGUUUACAAGCUCGGAAAAGCUGGAGACGAGUCACACACAGCUGUUACUGAUUUUGACAGGACUGAGAAGGACAUAACUCCAAUGGGUGGCUUCCCUCACUACGGCAUUGUGAAGGAUGACUAUGUGAUGAUCAAGGGAUGCUGUGUUGGUCCCAAGAAGAGGGUUAUCACGUUGCGUCAAUCCCUCCUGAAGCAGACUUCUCGCCUUGCUCUGGAGGAGAUCAAGCUCAAGUUCAUCGACACAUCUUCCAAGUUUGGCCAUGGCCGCUUCCAGACAACACAGGAGAAGCAGAAGUUCUUUGGACGUCUCAAGGCAUAAUUAUGCAAAUUGCAAGAUUUUGCUGCAGCUCUAUAUUAAAAUUACAUGAAGUUGAACUCUAGUGUUGUUAAAUUGGGAAUUUCUUUUAUUUGGUUCAAUUUAGUUUACGCACUGUUUGAUUAUAAAUUUUGCUCAAGCACUUCAAAUUUAUCUCGUUUUAAAUGGAAGUUGCUUAGAUUUUCUA